AUGUCGGAGAAUGAAAUAAUACUACGAAACCAAGCAUCAUCGCUGCCGCCGAUGCCACUGCUGUUCUCAUCGACUCAUGAACAAAACGUACCGCCACCACCACCACCACAAUCACCACCACAACAUCAACUCAGCACAACUAGACUAUCAAAGGGACUAAAAAGUUUACUUUACACUCAACCAAACAAGAGUAUCCCGGACGACGACGACGACUUAAAUGAAACAAUCCCAUUACCGGGCCACUACUCCAAUGAUCAAUCGACACCAAUCAAAAGCAUCAAAGUCAUUGACAAACAAAGUCUUCAUUAUGUUCUACUUUCCGGUAUCGCUGGUGGGGUAGCUGGAUCGGCCGCCAAAACAUUAGUUGCACCAUUGGACCGUAUCAAAAUCUUGUUUCAAACAUCAAACCCGGAAUUCCUUAAAUAUCGAGGCACGUUUCAUGGCUUGGUACUAGCUGGGAAACGAAUUUGGUCAAGUGAUGGAAUGUGGGGAUUGUAUCAAGGUCAUUCAAUUACAUUGUUGCGUAUUUUUCCCUAUGCUGCCAUCAAGUUUGUCGCUUAUGAACAAAUUAGAACCAUAUUAAUACCAAGUGACGUUUAUGAAACUGCUGGUCGGAGGUUUCUUGCUGGGUCGUUGUCAGGUUUAGCAUCGGUUUUUUUCACGUACCCUUUGGAUUUGAUUAGAGUUCGAUUAGCUUUUGAAACGAGGAAUUUACAUCAUUUGAAAAUACAUCCACAACAUCAACAGUUUUAUCAAAGUCAUCGUGGUCGAAUUUUGCAAACUGUCAAGAUGAUUUAUAAUGAAAAUCCACCAGUUAGACCUAAUGAUCCCCGUUGGUUGACUAUGAUGAGAAGAGUUUUACCAUUCAAUAUUCAACGCAUUAGUAAUUUUUAUCGUGGGUUUGCUCCAACUAUAAUGGGAAUGAUCCCUUAUGCUGGUGUAUCUUUUUAUGCCCAUGAUUUACUACAUGAUAUCUUGCGAUCAAAACCAUUGCGCAAGUAUACAGUACAACCAGCAACUAGGACAUCUACAUCAACAUCAGUUAAAACCAAAUCGUCAAGAGAAUCACGCCCGCCUUUGAAAGCGUACGCUCAACUUAUAGCUGGUGGUAUAUCGGGGCUAUGUUCACAAACGGCUGCGUAUCCGUUUGAAGUUAUACGAAGAAGAAUGCAAGUUGGUGGUGCUGUUGGUGGCGGUCAAUUCUUGUCGUUUAAAAAUACUGCCGGGUUGAUUUAUCGUGAAAGUGGAAUCAAAGGGUUUUUCGUUGGGUUGAGUAUUGGGUAUAUGAAAGUUGUGCCAAUGUUUGCUUGUUCAUUCUUUGUUUAUGAACGAAUGAAGAAAUUCUUGGGUAUAUAG